AUGGUUCGUCCAAUGCCAAGAAUUAAUGGUGAAAAUACAUGUAUUUCCAUGCCAUUAACAAUUGGUUUAUUUCUUUCAAUAUUAGCUCUUGUAACACUAUGUGCUAAACAUGGAAGAAAAUCUUCAACAAAAUCCAUAUCUACUGAAAAAACCAAAACUAAUGAAUCCAAAAUAGUUCCAAAGUUGUCACCACUACGAAUUCCUAACAAGAACAGUAAUACUUCCGGCGAAGAAUCCGACGAUUCAACCGGAGAAGUGGUCGGAGAAGGUGGCCAUGGGUUGUGGCAAAAGGCAAUUAUGAUGGGUGAAAAAUGCCAGCCACCGGAAUUUUCAGGUGUUAUAUACUAUGAUCCUUUUGGAAAUAGGGUUUCUGAACUUCCAAGAUCACCUAGAGCAAGUCCUAUGCCCAGAUAUGCUUCCGAACGUCAGUAG